AGCUGUUGUUGAUUUUCCAAUAUGGCGGCCGCCGUGCAAACAGAAUGCGGUUGUACGGGAAUUCGCAAGUGCUUACUUUGCGAAGAUAAGGACAAAUUCAAGUGUGUAUCAAUAAAAGCUUUAGAGGAAGAACGCAGUAAAAAAAUGCAGCAGUAUACGUUUUGUAUCCGGUGCGGGCGCACAUUGCAGGUGGAUCAAAAGUGCACACAUCGCGAACGCAAAUGCGAGGGACCCGGAACACAGGAAGGUGUACUGGAGGGGGUCUCCGUGAUUCUUGGCUUUGUUACUGAUAUUGAGGAACAAACGAUCGUCGCUGAAAUCGACAGGACGAUUUGGAAACCGUCGCAAUCUGGGCGACGCAAACAGGUAAAGUUGAUAACAUUUUUGUUUUUUAAGUUCAUUUUAUAUGAAAGCAUGUCCCGAAACUGUGUCCCUAAACAUACAUCUAAGAGAUACAGCUAGGUAUACAUCCUGUAGAUCCUAUAACAAUUAUAUCUUAUAGACCUCAUAGACCGUGCAGAUCUUGUACAUCCUGUGGAUCGUAUAGAUUUUGUAGUUUACAUUACGGUAUCUGCAAGUAAGAUCUACAGGAUCUAUGGCACCUACAGGAUCUAUAGGAUCUACAAGAUUUACAGGAUCUAUGGGAUCUGCAAGAUCUAUAGGAUCUACAGCAGAGCUGUUAUUAAGGGCCAUAACCCACAACACCUGUUUACAGCUGAGCUCACUUGAUGUUACGGGUGAUCAAAGUGGAAACUUAAAGUGGCACUAUAUAUUUUUCUUAAAUGUUAUGGGUGAAUCUUCAUUUGUUAUGGCUGCUUCAAAACUUAAUGACAGCCCUGUAUAGGGUGUAUAGGAUCUGCAGGAUCUGCAAGGUCUAUAGGAUUUACAGGAUCUAUAAGAUCUACAAGAUCCCUUAAGUCUUGAAGAUCCUAUAUAUACUGUACAUCUUGUAGAUCUUAAAGAUCCCGUAGGUCCGAUAGAUCUAGCAGUUUACGGUACAGUAUCUGCAAGUAAGAGUUACAAGAUCUAUGGGAUCAACAGGAUCUAGGGGAUCUGCAAGAUUUAUAGUAUCUAUAGGAUCUACAGGAUUUAUAGGAUCUGCAGGAUCUACAAGAUCUACAAGAUCUAUAGCAUCUACAUGAUUUCAGCUCUUUUCAACAGUUAUAGAAGCACUGGCAUCCCCAGUAGAGGGUCACCAAUAGGUUUUUCGGGAUUCCCGAUUUCCCUUAUUUUAAGCUUGGUAUUCAGGAUUUUAGAGCAAAAUUGGGGCGAGAUUUGGGAUUGUAAUUAAAGAAAGCUCUGACCCAAUCUCAUGCGCAACCUUACAAUGGUCCAUUAACUAGACAGGUUCACAAGCUGGGUAAAGUUUGUCUGCUUUUUGGGAUUUGUGGUUUGCAAUGGCCAGAAUUUUUGUUUAUUAUGGUUUGAAUACAGUUAGGUAGUUGCCAUCCCCACCCCUCCCUCCUACUUGGACUGCACAGCUUAUGAUUUUUUUGUUUUUUGAUUGGUGAGGCUAGCUCAUGCAUAGGCACAAGCUUAUGUAGAGCAAAAAAGUUUAAUUUAGUGCCUCUCAAAUAACCAGAAAAACGUUUAUUUGUAUCAAAUUCCUUGAGAAAAUUUAGUUAAAUUUUUGCAAUCAUUCUUUUAGUUUUCUGCAAAACUUACAUGUACUUAUGCAGCAAAGAAAGACAGUGUGUUUGCUUAUAACACAAAGAUUAGAAUUACUUUUUAAAAAUAAAUGCAAAAAAAUUUCCAGUGAUGUAGUUAUAGCUACAGCCCACCAAUCUCCACUGCUCCACAGUCCGUGGACUUUGACGAAUUUUGCAUUUAUAGACCUCCUAUAAAGAAGUGGAUAUAAAGAGUGAGAGAUGCUUUGCCAGUACAUGUACACCUAUUCUUAUGUCUUGGGUUGAAAUAGAGAUGUAAACUUAAAAUGGUCAAAUCCUUCUGUUUGCAAGUACGGUCAGAUAAUAUUUAUUUCCAGAUUAUUCCUGCACACGACAGAUUAUUAAGGUUACUCUCUGCUUCCAAGAACCUGUGGUAACUAAAUUAAUAAGCAUCGUAUGUUUAAGAUGUGUCAGUAAAAUUUUCAUUUAUGGUUUGUAUUUCAAUUAAAAUAUCUAUUGCAUUUAUGUGUAAUUUAUCAUUACUUUCAGGACUUUGGACCUCAAGUGAAUUUUAAGAAGAAAAAGUUAAAGCUUGAUAAUUUUACUGGACUUCCCGAGUUCAGCAAAGCGUUGGUUGAACGUAUGUGGAUACAAGUGCCAGCAUUGUCUGACUUUCAGCCUGUGGAACUUUGUAAUUUAGACUACAUUCCAGAAAGAGGAUCCUCCAUUGAUCCUCACUUCGAUGACUUUUGGGUUUGGGGAGAGCGGCUUGUUACACUAAACCUUCUAUCAGACACCAUUCUCACUUUCUCUAAUGAUGAACAUUAUAUGGAAGUGGCUGUUCCAAUGCCCAGGAGGUCCCUGAUCAUAGUUGAAGGUGCAGCUCGCUACAAGUGGAAACAUGCCAUAAAAAGACAGCAUAUUGCUUCACGGAGAAUAGCCAUAACACUCAGAGAGCUUUCACAAGAGUUUUGUGAGGGUGGAAAAAGUUUUAGCCUUGGAACAGAAUUAAUUCAAAGAGCAUUAACGUUUCAAGGGAAAUCUGUUCAAGUGAACAUAAAAGAUCAUGAAUGUUAAACCAACCAGAAUCACUACAAAAAUAUUAAACAGUAUUGUUCAGAAGCACAAAAUAUAUUAUUUUAUUCCA